AUGGUAACGCCUGACGCGUUCCACAGGUUGCCGAUCAAGAACACCUUCGGAUAUUAUCCGAGGUGUGCCGAAUUUCACUUCCUUUCUCCUGCUGCAGCCGAUUUUUGCGCAAAUUUUACAUUUCUUCAUUUUUGCGUAAAUUUAGCAAGGAAAACAAAGAAAACAACAGCAAAAGAUCAAUCAGCGGGAACUUCCGUACAUCCAAGUCAAAUUGAACUGGUCAACUUAAGUCAAAACCUGAUUGACAGGAAGCCAUCAUCUCAACUGCCCAACUUAGGUGAAUACAUCAAACAAAAGCUGUUGGCACAGGAGAGUCACCUGGUAUGGACAAAGCUCAUACAAGAAUGUGCAUACUAUUACUUAGCUCAUUUACCUCGGAUAGGCCUUGACAACAGUUCUGGUGAUUACAGAGAAAUUGGACGGACUAUGUAUGAUGCCUAUCCAGCCAUUGCACGUGAUGGAACUCAACCAUGGAGUUUCUUCACAAAAUGCCUGUCUCAAAAAAUAAGAUGCAUCAGGUGGGACAACAAAAGGAGAAGUGUAACAACUAACACCAAGGCAGAAACAACAAUGCCUUCACCCAAACGGUUUAGAGUUGGAACAUUAGAUGUGUCAGAGGAAUGUGACGAAGAAACAUAUUUGAGUCAUGUAAAGCAAAUGGUGCAGGAAGUGGAAAAAAAGGAACCUAAUAUUACCCAUAUGCAAACUCUACUGAAAGGGACUUUCAACCGCAGGAGACAAUGGAUACAACAAUUGCCUCAAGGGAGUGUAAAACCAAUUUUGGACAAGUUUCCAUGCUUCAAAGACCCUAUCUAUGUAAGUUGUUCUGCAUUAGAUUAUUUACAUAUGGCAGUGAAAGGGUUAAUUCUGGAGAACACUGUCAUCUGA